AUGGGUUCAGUAUUUCUCCCACAUCUUAAUACAGCAUGGCACGUUGAUCAGGCGAUUCUUUCAGAAGAUGAUAGAUUAGUAGUUUUACGAUUUGGUAGAGAAGAAGAAACUCAAUGUAUGAUUAUGGAUGAAAUUUUAUUUUCAAUUUCUGAAAAAAUUAAAAAUUUUGCUGUUGUUUACCUUGUUAAUAUUGAUAAAGUAUCUGAUUUUAAUGAAAUGUAUGAAUUAGAUACAAAUCCUUUAGAACCUUUUACAAUUAUGUUUUUCCAUCGAAAUAAACACAUGAUGUGUGAUUUUGGUACGGGGAAUAAUAAUAAACUAAAUUUCAUGAUUCAUGACAAACAAGAGGUGAUAGAUAUAAUAGAGACAAUAUAUCGAGGUGCAAAAAAAGGUAAAGGUUUAGUAGUAAGUCCAAAAGAUUAUAGUCGAUCAGCUAAAGAUAUAUAA